CGGCAGACGGACGCAAUUGUUGCCCGCCAGAGGCUGACCCGCGUUCUGGCCGCGUUCUGGCCGUGCCGAUCGCUGCACCGUUGCCGUGCUGCUCUGCAUCCACCUUAUCUGCUCUGUAGCUCAGACUCUCAGAUCAGAUGUGCGGUGGUUCGUUGCUGUGCAGGUGGCUGGGAAACCAGCACCGCUUGUUGAGAAACGUCAGAGAAACCGUGACAGAAAUGCCUCGUGUUCUGCAUGCGGAGCUGCUUUCUGGACUUUCUGCUAAGAAGAAGUUGGAUUCCAUGGGUUCCAAGAGGCGAAGAGCAACCUCGCCGUCCAGCAGUGUCAGCGGAGGGGACUUCGAUGAUGGCCACCACUCCACGAAUAUCCCAGGCCCCAGCAGGAAGAGAAGGAGGCUUUCAAAUCUCCCGACUGUGGAUCCUAUUGCUGUAUGCCAUGAACUUUACAACACCAUCAGAGAUUACAAAGAUGAACAGGGCAGGCUCCUUUGUGAGCUUUUCAUUAGGGCACCGAAACGAAGAAAUCAACCAGACUAUUAUGAAGUGGUUUCACAGCCAAUUGAUUUAAUGAAAAUCCAACAGAAACUGAAGAUGGAGGAAUAUGAUGAUGUGAAUGUGCUGACUGCUGAUUUUCAGCUUCUCUUUAACAAUGCAAAGGCUUACUACAAGCCCGAUUCUCCUGAAUAUAAAGCUGCUUGCAAGUUAUGGGAGUUGUAUUUGCGCACAAAAAAUGAAUUUGUUCAAAAAGGAGAUGCUGAAGAGGAGGAUGAAGAUGAGGAAGGACAUGACAGUCAAGAACUAUCAUCUCCAGGUUAUCUGAAGGAGAUUCUUGAACAGCUUCUGGAAGCUGUAGCUGUUGCCACGAAUCCAUCAGGACGCCUGAUAAGUGAACUGUUCCAGAAGCUGCCUUCUAAAGUGCAAUAUCCAGAUUAUUAUGCAAUAAUAAAGGAGCCCAUAGAUCUUAAAACUAUUGCCCAAAGGAUUCAGAAUGGAACUUAUAAAAGCAUUCAUGCAAUGGCCAAGGAUAUAGAUCUUCUUGCAAAGAAUGCCAAAACCUACAAUGAGCCUGGAUCCCAAGUGUUCAAGGAUGCAAAUGCAAUUAAAAAAAUAUUUAAUAUGAAAAAGGCUGAAAUUGAGCACAGCGAGCUGGCCAAGUCAAGUCUCCGACUCAGGACGCCAUCAAAUUUGACUGCUUCCAAGCUGACAGGUCCUUCCUCACAGGGUAAAGGCAGUGUGGGUGAUGAGAGAAAUUCUUCUAACAAAUAUUUUCGUAACAAAAGAUCAGCCCAGGGGGAUCGUUUAUCAGCAAUAACCAUGGCAUUGCAGUAUGGAUCAGAAAGUGAUGAGGAUGCUGCUUUGGCUGCUGCUGCUCGUUAUGAAGGAGAGUCUGAAGCUGAGAGUAUUACUUCCUUCAUGGACACUUCUAAUCCUCUCUAUCAGCUUUAUGAUACAGUUAGAAGUUGCCGAAAUAAUCAGGGCCAGCUAAUAUCUGAACCCUUUUUCCAGUUGCCCUCCAAGAAAAAGUAUCCUGAUUAUUACCAGCAAAUUAAAACACCUAUUUCAUUGCAGCAGAUCAGAGCUAAACUGAAGAACCACGAGUAUGAAACAUUAGAUCAGUUGGAGGCUGACCUGAACUUAAUGUUUGAAAAUGCCAAGCGUUACAAUGUCCCCAAUUCUGCCAUCUAUAAGAGAGUUCUGAAAAUGCAGCAGGUUAUGCAGGCAAAAAAGAAGGAGCUUGCUCGGAGAGAUGACAUUGAGGAUGGGGACAGUAUGAUUUCUUCUGCUACAUCUGAUACUGGAAGCUCCAAAAGGAAAAGUAAAAAGAACAUGCGAAAGCAACGAAUGAAGAUCUUGUACAAUGCAGUUCUGGAAGCUCGAGAGUCGGGCACAGGCAGACGGCUCUGCGACCUGUUUAUGGUUAAGCCAUCCAAAAAGGACUAUCCAGAUUACUAUAAAAUUAUCUUAGAGCCAAUGGACUUGAAAAUGAUAGAACACAACAUCCGUAAUGAUAAGUAUGUAGGGGAAGAAGCCAUGAUUGACGACAUGAAGCUCAUGUUCCGAAAUGCAAGGCAUUAUAAUGAGGAAGGCUCCCAGGUAUACAAUGAUGCCCAUAUGCUGGAAAAGAUCCUCAAAGAAAAAAGGAAAGAACUCGGACCACUGCCUGAAGAUGAUGAUGUUGCAUCCCCUAAACUAAAGCUAAGUAGAAAAAGUGGCAUUUCCCCCAAAAAAUCGAAAUACAUGACCCCAAUGCAGCAGAAAUUGAACGAGGUGUAUGAAGCAGUUAAGAAUUACACGGACAAACGGGGCAGGCGGCUGAGCGCCAUCUUCUUGCGGCUGCCGUCUCGGUCUGAGCUGCCCGACUACUACAUAACCAUUAAGAAGCCGGUUGACAUGGAGAAGAUCAGAAGUCACAUGAUGGCCAAUAAAUACCAGGAUAUCGAUUCCAUGGUAGAAGACUUUGUGAUGAUGUUCAACAACGCUUGCACCUACAAUGAGCCAGAAUCUUUGAUUUACAAAGAUGCCCUGGUCCUGCAUAAGGUUUUGCUUGAAACUCGAAGAGAGAUAGAAGGAGAUGAGGAUUCUCAUGUGCCCAAUGUGACUUUGCUAAUUCAGGAACUUAUCCAUAACCUUUUUGUAUCUGUUAUGAGCCACCAGGAUGAUGAGGGCAGAUGCUACAGUGAUUCCCUAGCUGAGAUUCCUGCUGUUGAUCCCAACUUCCCAAAUAAACCUCCUCUGACUUUUGACAUUAUCCGAAAAAAUGUUGAAAAUAAUCGCUAUAGACGACUGGAUUUGUUCCAGGAGAACAUGUUUGAGGUACUGGAGAGGGCAAGGAGAAUGAACAGGACGGAUUCAGAGAUCUAUGAGGAUGCAGUUGAACUUCAGCAGUUCUUCAUUAAAAUUCGAGAUGAACUCUGUAAAAAUGGAGAGAUUCUUCUGUCGCCUGCUCUCAGUUAUACCACCAAGCACCUUCACAAUGAUGUAGAAAAAGAGAAGAAGGAAAAGCUACCCAAAGAAAUAGAGGAGGAUAAACUCAAAAGAGAGGAGGAGAAAAGAGAAGCUGAAAAGAGUGAAGACUCUUCUGGCUCAGCUGGGCUGUCAUGCUUGCAUCGGACCUACAGCCAGGAUUGCAGCUUCAAGAACAGCAUGUACCACGUAGGAGACUACGUCUACGUGGAGCCUGCUGAAGCCAACUUGCAACCUCACAUAGUCUGUAUUGAGAGGCUAUGGGAAGAUUCUGCUGGAGAGAAAUGGCUAUAUGGCUGUUGGUUUUAUCGACCAAAUGAAACAUUUCAUCUUGCAACAAGAAAGUUCUUGGAGAAAGAGGUUUUUAAAAGUGACUAUUAUAAUAAAGUUCCAGUUAGCAAAAUUUUGGGUAAAUGUGUGGUCAUGUUUGUUAAGGAAUAUUUUAAACUGUGUCCUGAAAACUUUAGAGAUGAGGAUGUGUUUGUCUGCGAGUCGCGUUAUUCCGCUAAGACAAAAUCUUUUAAGAAGAUUAAACUGUGGACUAUGCCUGUCAGCUCUGUAAGAUUCGUCCCACGAGAUGUGCCCCUGCCUGUGGUCCGUGUUGCUUCUGUAUUUGCUAAUACAGACAAAGCAGAGGAGGAGAAGCACUCUGAUACGUUAGAUGACAGUAAGGUGGGGGAAGGUAUCCUUCAUCUCGAAAAGGACAAAGAAGAUGUACCAGUAGAAAUGUCUAAUGGGGAGCCUGGUUGCCAUUACUUUGAGCAGCUCUGUUACAAUGAUAUGUGGCUUAAGGUUGGGGACUGCGUCUUCAUAAAAUCGCACGGAUUAGUGCGGCCUCGGGUAGGGAGAAUUGAAAAGAUGUGGGUGCGAGAUGGAGCUGCGUAUUUCUUUGGUCCAAUCUUCAUCCAUCCUGAAGAAACUGAACAUGAGCCAACUAAAAUGUUCUACAAGAAGGAAGUGUUUCUGAGUAACUUGGAGGAGACCUGUCCUAUGUCGUGCAUUUUGGGCAAGUGUGCUGUUCUGUCGUUCAAGGACUUCCUCUGCUGCAGACCAACUGAAAUUUCUGAGAAUGAUGUUUUCCUGUGUGAGAGCCGCUACAAUGAAAGCGACAAACAAAUGAAGAAAUUUAAGGGGCUCAAGAGAUUUUCACUCUCUGCAAAAGUUGUCGAUGAUGAAAUUUACUAUUUUAGAAAACCCAUAGUUCCUCAGAAGGAACCAUCUCCACUUCUGGAGAAGAAAAUCCAGCAGCUAGAAGCAAAGUUUGCUGAGCUGGAAGGAGGCGAUGAGGACAUGGAAGAGAUGGGAGAAGAGGAAGGUGAUAUCACUGAAACACCUUCCAUGCCUCAGCUUCAGACUCCGUUAUCUAGUGAAUUGGAUAUCAUGCCUUAUACUCCACCGCAGUCCACUCCCAAGUCUGUUAAGGGCAGCACCAAGAAGGAGGGAUCAAAAAGGAAGAUCAACAUGAGUGGUUACAUCCUAUUUAGCAGUGAGAUGAGAGCUGUGAUUAAAGCUCAGCACCCAGACUACUCCUUUGGAGAGCUCAGCAGGCUUGUAGGAACUGAAUGGAGAAACCUGGAAGCAACAAAGAAAGCAGAAUAUGAAGGCAUGAUAAGUGGCUAUCCACCGGUGCUGCCACCUUUGCAGGGCCCAGUUGAUGGCAUUGUUAGCAUGGGCAGCAUGCAGCCACUUCACCCAGGGGUGCCCCCACCCCACCAACUCCCGCCAGGUAUGCCAGGCAUCCCAGGCAUCCCACCGCCCGGUGUUAUAGGCCAAAACGUGUCCCCCAUGGUAGGCACUCCAGCCCCCGGUGCAGGUCCGUUUGGACAGCAGAUAGGAAUCCUCGGUCCUCCAGGACAGCAGGCACCUCCCCCGUAUCCCGGCCAGAGCCCCGCCACGCAGCCUGUUAUGCAGCAGCCCUCGACUCCCAUGUUUGUUUCCCCUCCACCAAAGACACAGAGGCUUCUUCAUUCCGAAGCCUAUCUGAAAUACAUCGAGGGGCUCAGUGCUGAAUCAAACAGUAUUAGCAAGUGGGACCAGACCCUUGCAGCACGAAGACGAGACGUCCACUUGUCCAAGGAGCAGGAGAGCCGCCUCCCGUCGCACUGGCUGAAAAGCAAAGGGGCUCACACCACCAUGGCCGAUGCUUUGUGGCGCCUGCGAGACUUGAUGCUGCGAGACACCCUGAACAUCCGUCAGGCGUACAACAUAGAAAAUGUGUAGUCGCGUUCUUGCUUCUUUCUUUGAUACUGGCAUAUAGAGUUUUGUGGAACAAUAGCUGUUUUAGUUACUGGGUGGGGAGAGAUAACCAACGAUGAUUUGUAUUGCAUUUUACUGUACAUUGCGAGACCAUUUUUAUAUAAGGACACUUUUAAUAAGCAUAUUUCACUUUUUGUUAUAUUAAGUUGACUUUAUCAAAUACACAGAUUUUUGCAUAUGCUUCCUUUGUUUGAAAGGCGAUUUCAUAUUUGGUUAACUGUAGUCGAGGAUUCAUCUUUCUUACACUUUAUUGCUGAGAAUCUGAUGCCAUUGUUUUUAUAUAAAAGAAGAAAAAAAGAAAACAAAGUAUUUACAGGUUGGUACAAUGGAAUGUGAAAUUAGUCAUAGUUUACAUCCUAGAGGAAUGUGUGUACAUGUGCUUGUGUGUGCUAGGCGCUCCCAGCAGGAAGCUGACUUGGAUAUGAGCAGGGAGGAUCUCUUUGAAAGAAGCUGAAGGUAAGGUGAGCAUUGGAGCUAGGGAAAAACCACGUUGCAGGUAAAUACUGAGGCAGCUGAAUGGGCCACAGCGAUCGUGGAAGUGCAGGUGCAGAUAUGGGACAAGGCUAACCUGACUGCUAAUGCUGUCCAGUCUUGUCCAGGCAUUAAAGCUGCAGCCAAGGCCACUGUGACCCCAGAUCAGUAGCAGAAUACGUGUGCUGGCAUGCCUGCGGGAGGUGAAAUCUUUCGUCUGCUAUGACCUGCUUUGGGUGUUCUGAGAUGUCCCUGACGCUGGGCAGCAGGAAGGGAACACCUCUACCUGUGCAGUGCAGUCUGCGUGUGGGAGAGGCCACAACUUUGAACCAGUGUGGGUCAUGGAAGGUAAGUUAGAGGAGAGGGGAAGCUCUUUUGUUGGUAGAGUCACAUGGUUUCUAAAUCAUAUUCUGUUAAUGAUUGGGCACCGUAAGACAUUUUUCUAUUAAGUGUAUUGAUUCACACUAAUGAAAGUUUUACAAGGCAAAAUUUGAAAUGUAACACAUGAAUUCAGUUUCAAAACAGUACUGUAAGUUCAGCAUACCUUGUGCAUUGGAGACAGAGUGCGUUGUGCAUUGCAGCCUUCAGAGGGCUUUGUGCUUCUGUCGUUUAGCUCAGUAAGGUCAUGUAGGCUCCUCUUGCCAAAUGUUGAGGUUGUGACUGCCUUUGCUGAAGACUUCACUGUAGCAAACUAACCAACCUUUUGGGCUGCAAAGCUGUUUGCUUUCACAAGCUCCACUUUAGAGCUCUUGGAUUGCACAAAUUAACUGGGAAAACAGCACUAAUUUGAAAAGCAAACAAACAAAAAGCUGUUGGCACAAACAUGGUCGCUGCAACUCAGUCCAAAAGAAUAAUUUGCUGAUAUGCUUUCAUACUGCUUCUAGAAACGUUUAUCAUUUGGAAAGGUGUUUCAAAGUCUGCUCAUACAGAGCACUUUUGAGUUCAUACUGGCAGAAGGUUGCAUGUUUUUCUUCAGAUACUGGGUUCUGUUUGGUAAUGCAAUUGAAUACUGAUGAGGGAAGGGACAGGCAAGUAUGAACUAUUCUUAAAUGGUACUGGCUAGUUCCCCUCCUAUUCCAGCCCUACAUUCCUUGCACAGAAAACCUUAUAAUUAGAGGUGAGCACUUAGGGACAUUUUAGGACAGAUGUACACUGGGAUGCGAGGAAAAGGGAGCCAAGCAAAAUCUUACAGGAAAUUACAAUGGACAUCUCUACCAGUAGAGCACCUGUGGUACAGAAAUCAUUUACAAAGGGCAGUAAGGAACCACGUUUGUUUCAUGAGGUAGGAGUACACCUAGACCUCCUGUACAUACACACUGUCAUCUUAGAACACAUUUCAGUUACUGUAGGCUUUGCAGUUUUAGCCGCACAAAUGAGACGUUGAAGCGAAUCGGGCAGCAAAUCCUGGUUUCCAAGCACUUGGAAUUACCGUGGGUCGUAGAAAUACCACCAGAUGGUCUUGUUCUCAGCAUGAACAAAAACUACACCAAAGAACCUGGGAUGGAUUUUAGUUAACUUAUUGUUCUAUUUAUUUUCUUUGGAGGACUGGAUGGGACUCCCUCUGGAGCCCGUGUAACUCAGAUGUUUAAUUUAUCUGAAGGCCGGCGAUGAGCAGACGUGCAGCACUGGCUCUGUUCUGCCCGGGCAGCCAAAAUGCUGCUCCCACUGCUCUCAGUGCUCCCACUGCUCCCUGGCCCAGGGGCAAGAGGUUGGGAAUCCCCACAAAGCCUGGCUCCUCCUGUUAAGGCAGUGCAGAGCGCUACCGCUGAGCCACGGGGCUGGCCCUAAUCAAUUCUGAUAAGCUUUAUUUAUUUCAAAAUCCUGUCUCUGCAUAGGAGACUUUUCAGUUGAUGGCAGGAAGGUUUGGGAUAUGAUGGCUACAGUCUAGAAUUCAAAACCAGCAGAAGAAACUGUUUUUUGACUCUGGUUUAAAAACAAGGAAAGACGUCUGUCUGUCUUUUCCUCUCUUUGUGGGCAUUUGAACCCCUCAUUUGUUUUCCUCUGCUUUUCACUGUAUCGGCAUAAAUGAAACUUUCCUAUCGAAAUAAAUGUAUGUGUGGGAAAUGGUUGGCUUCUGAGAGAGUGGAAACAGAUCGACCUAGGACCGGCGUUUUCAUAAACCAGUUGGAGAUGAGUAAUAAUUAUUUGUUCUCUUCCUCAGCUCUUCUCUUCUAUGAGAAAAUUUACCAUUUCUGUAAGAAAAAAAAACAAAAAAAAAAAGUUGAUGUUGGUGACUUUUUUUUCAGCUCAUGGUUUCAGACCUGGUCAGUCCCUGUUUGGCUGCUCAUUCCAUCUUGUACUCCCGAGGGUUAAGCUGAUAACCAGGUGUGUAACAUGUAUGUACCAUCACUUUGUUUACCUGAGUCUUUUUAAUUUGAAUAAAAAUAGUUUGCAAAGUGUUUUGGAUUAA